AUGUCUGUCAACUCAAAAUAUCAUCCGCUGGCAUUAUACAACUUAAUUUCUUGCCUAGCCUGGCUUUUCUUGCUGUAUAAUGUUGUUUUUGUCUACCGCAGAGUCUCCCAACCCGAGUUUUAUAUGAAGACCAAAGAUAUCACGACCUUGAUACAAUGUGGAUCAAUCAUUGAGGUAUUUAAUGCAGUAUUUGGUAUAGUUAGGGCCCCAAUUUUCACUACUGCAGCGCAGGUAGCCUCCAGGUUAGUGCUAGUAAUUGGUAUUUUCCAGCUCGUUCCGGAAACUCCUGCCGCUCAAGAAAUUCCCUACGUGACAUUACUAUUUGCAUGGUCCCUCACUGAAGUCGUUCGCUACUUAUUCUACUACUGCAAUCUGGUGAAUAAGCAAAAUGGCCCUCCAAGACUCCUAAUUUUCUUAAGAUACAACUUAUUUUGGGUGCUAUAUCCUCUCGGUGUCAUCAGUGAAUUACUGAUUAUCAAUUCGUCCACAGCACACGCUGCAGAUAGAUAUGGCGUCCUUUAUAAAUUCAUCUUAUAUUUCAUCAUGUUGACUUAUAUUCCUAUGUUCCCAACAUUAUAUCUACAUGUUAUGUCCCAGAGAUCCAAAGUAAUGAAAACCCUAAAAAUGCGUAACCAAAAGAGCAGUUAG